AUGAAUGGCGACUUGAGCCUAUCGCAGUCCCUCGGAGGACUGCGAAUAGCAAAUCCUGAUGAAGACCCAACCUCGCCAUCACUGCCUCCCCAGCAAGCCAGCGAAGACGCGCAAUCACGUCCCGCCGACCGCCCUCCGUCCUCGCAAGCGUCAUCGUCCAGCACCGUGACAGAGAAGCCACGCCAGUCGAUUCCGACCCAUCUUCUUCCCGAACCACAACCACAAGCAGGCUCUCUGGGUUUCAAUCCCGAGACUUUCUCCGUUAACUCAUCCACGAGCGCUUCCACCACGCCGCCCGCCCAUGUCUCUCCGAUGGCCGUAGACCAACCUUCGUACGGUACUUCCCCGCGCCUCUCCCACCGCCAGUCCAUGCCUCUGUCCUACCAAGCACAACAACAAACCUCUCUUCCAACCUACGCUGCUGGGCCCAUCGCACAGCAGAGGGGCUUCCCUCCGUCCCAGAACCUGCGCGAACGGCCAAUGUCGACGAGCCUGUACAAUCACCCUAAUUUAUCGUCGAGCUCUGCCACGGCAGCUGCCAACCCAGGCACAUACAGGUACAACGACGAGGCAAUGGUCAGUGAUAUCAGACGCACAAGCAGUUCGCGGGUGCCUCCGCCUGCUGCCAUGCAUGGUGGCAUUCCGUCACGAGAAGCCAGUAGGAGCUAUCGCCAACCCGGUCAGAUACUUGGUGGGAACGGUCCGGCUCCUCCGCGAAGGAGCUCUCGUAGGAUACCAGUCGAAGGUGCACCCGGGAUGGGUCAUCUGUCCAGCUCUCCUUAUGGCCUCGAAGGCGGGCCCCUUUCUAGCAACGAGGAAUGGAAAGAGAGGGGUGCUGCUGUUGGAACCAGACAAGAAGUUGACCAGAAUGGCAGACCGGUGACUAGAGUGGUUAAAAAGGGUGUCAAAGAUUUCAACUUUGGCAGAACCUUAGGGGAAGGCUCCUACAGUACGGUUCUGGCAGCGACGGACAGACAAACAUUGAGAGAAUACGCAAUCAAAGUCCUUGACAAGCGACACAUCAUUAAGGAGAAGAAGGUCAAAUAUGUCAACAUCGAGAAAGAUACUUUGAAUCGUCUGACCGAACACCCUGGCGUUGUCCGACUCUACUACACAUUCCAGGAUGAACGUUCACUUUAUUUCGUCCUUGAUCUAGCAUCGGGCGGCGAGUUGUUAGGAUUCUUGAAGAAGAUGACUACCUUUGAUGUAGAGUGCACGCGUUUCUAUGGCGCUCAGAUUCUGGACGCCAUUGACUACAUGCACUGCAAAGGCGUUAUCCAUCGAGACUUGAAGCCUGAAAACGUCCUACUGGACGACCAAAUGCACGUCAAAAUUACCGAUUUCGGCACCGCUAAAAUCCUGGAUCAGAAGAAGUCAAACGGAGUUGGCUCGGUAUCCGGAGAUCCAUUGGAAGGCAUGGAAUCGGAUCGGGCGCAGUCUUUCGUCGGUACCGCCGAGUAUGUAUCUCCCGAGCUGUUGACCGAUAAAAACGCAUGCAAGGCCAGUGAUUUGUGGGCCUUUGGCUGCAUUAUCUACCAACUCCUUGCGGGUCGGCCCCCCUUCAAGGCUGCGAACGAGUAUCAGACCUUCCAAAAGAUCGUUGGCCUUGAAUAUACCUUUCCUGAUGGAUUCCCUCCUGUUGCCAAAGAUCUAGUUGAACGCCUACUAGUCCUCGACCCUAUCAAGCGGUUGCCUAUGGAACAUAUCAAGAGUCACCAGUUCUUCGACGGUAUAACGUGGGGCAAAGGCCUUUGGAAACAAAAGGCUCCAAGAUUACGGUCCUAUGUCCCUCCUCCACAUGAGCCAAUCAGGCUCAAUGGGCCUACCACACCUGGAACCGCUGCUGGUAAUCAGCUCAGGCCAACCCCACGACUAAUUACAGAGCUCCCUCCCCCUAGCCAAUUGGAUAUAGACUGGUCUCCUGUUUUGACCAAGAGGGAUGAGCGCAUUUUGAAACUCGGGAAUAUGUUUGUUACGCAACAUCCUCCGGGCCAUACUCCUGGAAAGGCGGACGAAGCCGCAGCCGAAACGCCGAAGAAGUUCUCCCGAUUUUUCAGUAGCAACACGAUAAAGAAGAGGCAACGUCUUGUGAUGAUCACUUCCAACGCACGUGUUCUAAUGUGCGCGUCGGGAACCAACGAUAAAAAGCUUAAGGAGGAGGUAUCCUUGCUUUCGCCGGGCUGCGCAUGGAGAGACUUCCGCGAUUCGAAAGGCUUGACAGGCUGGCUCGUGGAAACGCGAGAGAAGCAAUACGUCUUCGAGGACACUAAAAGCACUACCAGCGAUCCAGAUGGGAGCAAAUAUUCCACUCAGGAGUGGCUCGACAGCAUUGAGCAAGCUAGAGAUUUCGCAUUGUCGCAGAGCAUGACGAAUUCAUACGCUGGUGAUUCCGCUUUUAACGACAUCAACUCGAGUUUAUCAAGUCCUACUAGUACGUUAGGAGGUGACUCUGCGUUGGACGGAGUUAACAUCCCAACUGCACGACACCUUCGAAAAGAAACACACGGAGAUGCUGAUUCGUUGAAGGGCAGGAAGCGAUUCAGCAAGCGACAUUCGAAGAACGGACUCGCAAAUUUCUAA